CACUGAGUACUUUCUCUGAAGAACGCUGUAAACACUUUGAACGAAUUUCGUGGUUUUAUUUGAAGUGCGAUAGAAGACAUCGCAUGGAUAAAGAGAUCAGAGACAAAAAUGCAGAGGGAGGCAGCAGCGACGAAGAAGAAGCUUUCGAAAGCGCCGAUGAAGGAGAAGAUGGAACCAAACACGGUAAACAUUCUACCCGUGCAGUCGCCACGUCAGCUGACAUUAGAUCUCCACAUUCCACGUCGAAAGAAUCAGUUGGCAUGAAUGAUGCCUCAAUAACUAGGCAGGCAACCUCAGACGGUGAUAUUAGUUCCGAAAAAGAAGAGCUGGAGAUGCGAAAUUCAAGUAUGGAUGAAAACGUAGUGCAGGAAAACAUCGUAGAGGGAUACCUUAGAAAAGAAAAAUCUACUGUGAUACAGGACGAGAAUUCACCUUCCACCGAAAAGAUUGUAGAUGAGAAUUCGCAAGCUACUGAGUCAAGUGAGACAAUCGAUAAAAACGCCAAAACUAGGGCAUCAAAGUCCUCCGAGGAUGAGGAAACUGCUGCUAUAAGCGAGAAAGAAGACAAUAUCAAACUCGACUCAGAAGAGCUUAUAGACCAUAGCUUGACAAUGGAACACAACGAUCAUCAGAUUGCGGUGAACCAGGUUGAUGUGUUAGCUAAGGAAAGAGCAGAAGCUGCAGGAAACUCUGAAAAAAGGCAGCAGCAGACGAAGGCUUCAGAAUCAAAUGCUGGUGAUCAAGUUGAAGAUAUAAAGCGUGACAGUUCAUUGGAGAGGCCAGUACAAGAAGCAUCCAAGGCCAGUACCUCUGGAGGUUGGGGGUGGGGAGGCUGGAGCUCAGUGCUCUCUCAAGCGACAGCUUCUGUCACAUCAGGGUUGUCUUCUGUUAUUGAAACAGUAGAAACAACACUUGGUGUUCCUGACCCAGAGGAGAUGGCAAGGAAAGUGAGAGCAGAAGAAAAACAAGUAAAGGAGAAAGUGACAGAGGAACAAAAUUCUGAACAUUCAGAAGAAAGGAAAGGUGAUAGCACCACUGAAGCUACUAGUGAUUCUUUCUUCUCUGGGUUUGGUGUAUCAAACCUGACCAGUGUGGUGCAGAGCACUGGAAUUGAGCUGGUAUCAGGAGGGCUGGGUGCUUUGGAGUUUAUUGGCAAAAAGACAAUGACUGUUUUGUCUGAGGGUGAUCCAGGACUGAGGCAAAAAAGAGAACAGAUUGCAGGAAAAGGCCCAAGUCUCUCUCAGGUUUUAAGAGAGGCCAGAGAAGCAUCCGAACAAAAAGCUACAGUUGAAGCGGAACAAACCACACCCAUGGUAGACUUAUGCGGCGAGUUUGACAAAUUCCAAGGACUUGCUCACUUAGAAGCACUGGAGAUGCUUUCACGCGACAGUGAGGCCAAGCUUGAAUCCUGCAUCAUUGAUUUAACGGAAGAUGAGCUUCACAUGCUGAAGCCUUUGUUACGAGCCGUGGAGGAAGUUUUUCACAUCGACGACGACAACGACGCUGAUGUCGAAGGGGCUGAAGACUUUAAAUCGGUCGUGUUGGACAAUGUCAAGUCGCUAAACCUGCCGUUUACUGCGGACAAGAUCAUUUAUUCACAGGAAAAGACAAGAGAAUGGAUUGCUUCUUGUGUUAAAGAACAGGACGAUUCUCCGGGGAGCAAAGACGGAGUUGAAAUUUAUAACACAGCCGUUUCAAGCUUGGCGGAGCUCACGGCUCGUACCGUGGAAUCAUUUCACAAGUUUACAGAACUGUUACUCCAUCAAGCUGAGCAGGCUACGGAAACCUCGUCUCUUGUGCGUGCGCAAUGCGUGCGUAAAUUGACAGACGCAGUUUUAGAGGAGAUUUCUAUUUUGGCGACGCAUUUCGCAGGUUGUUUGAACACCGCUGCCGACGACUCAGAAAACCCUGACUCAGUCAGCUCUUUAAUAACAACAUUGUAUCUUGAUUCCUCGACAAGUGCAGACUAUUUGAGAAACUCUUUGAAACUUUUACGGCCCGUUUUACAGCUUUCCUCCCUCAAUGAGCAAAACCCUCCAAAAGGUUGAAGCGGACCCACAAGUAUAUUUGCAGAGAGUUCUUUUCUUGUAAAGUGCACUAGUUGAUCAUUCGCAAUAUGGGUAAUUUGGUCACUUAUACAAAUAAUUUAAUCUUCAAAUCGUUGCAUAUGUUCAAAUGAAAGUUAUUGCAUCAUAAAUUUAGGAAAUUCUAUUUGUGUAAUAAAUCUUCUAGUACUGGUGCGCAGAAGAUUGUCUCUAUUCGAUUCUUAAAUAUCCAGAAUAAAGUCACCAAAUUUGGGCGCUAGUA